AAUAAUUCGCUCGUCCGAAUCGAAAAGAGAAAAAAGAAGAAAAAAGGAAAGAAAAGAAGAAAAGGAAGAAAAUUUCGAAUCACUAAGUGUUUCUUACUAAUCUUUUUUAUGCAUUUCUUUUUUUGUUGUUUUUAACACACUUUUUAUUUUUUGUUUUCUGUUUUUUGUUUAACACAAGGUGAAAGAUGUUCGGGCGAAAAAGCUCGUAGCUACUGAAUGUAUCUUUCUCUCUCUCACUCUCUCUCUCUCUCUCUCUCUCUCUCUCUCUCUCUCUCUCUCUCUGGGCUGUCUCUUUCGUAACGCGUCGUGAGUUUAACACACAUGCGUGCCAGCCAUCCUAAACGGAUUGACCCAAAGAAAACCUCUGAAAUGACACAAAUAACGGAGAAUACGUGGUACGCGUCGUUCCGGGCUUAUGUAACUACGAAGGAUUAACACUAUCGUGAAAACGUGUUAGCAGUUAGAGGGGUGGGAGAAAAGAAAAAAAGAAAAAAGGAAUAAAAAAAAAAAGAAAAGAAAAAGAUUUGAUAAGGAUGAAAAAGUAAAAUUAAAAAAAAAUAUAACGAGAUAAAAGAAAAGAAGGAAGGAGAGGAAGAUGCCCCUUCGUUCUUACUAAAAUCUUUGCGAGAGUGUAAAAAGGGUUGCCUAUAUGAUAGGCGUUGUCUAUUUUCGCAACGUUAGAACGAACGAACGAACGAACUUAUUUACUUAGUUACUUACUUACUUACUUACAUACUUACUUACUUAUUUACUUAGUUACUUACUCGGCUUACCAACAUAUAACUUGAAAAUGUGAUGCGUUCGAUUACGCAAGCGUUCGAUCGUAAUAAUUCGCUCGUAACUCGUGCGAUCGAUAAAGAAUUAUCGAUAUAGAAUUUAACCCAACGAAAGACUAUAUAAUAAUUAUAACAACACCGACAACAACAAUAACAACAAUAAUAAUGAUAAUACUAACAAUAUAUCGAAUGAAUAAUCUAUAUAAUUACAUAAGUGGAUAUAUAAUUAUUAUGAACAGAUGAUCGGCUGAAGAAGAUAUUAACAAUCUGUAUUAUCUUAUAGAUAGAUCACAAUCUCUCCCAUUUCUUUCGGUUUAACUUUUAUUCGGUCAAUCGGUCGGUUCUUUCCUGCUAUUAAAAAGUUACAUAUUGCGAUUAGAAAACAGUAACAAAAGGACUUGCAAAGUCCUUAUGUACUCAUCGUGAAGUUAAUAAUCGAAAAAGAGAAAGAGAGAGAAGAAACGAUAAAAAAUAAAACGAGAGAGGAGAAAUAAGAGCAGAGCUAUCGUCACGCUUGAUCGUGCCUCACUUUCGAAAGUUUUUAACGAUAAUUUUAUAAUAUACUUUAUACACACACACACACACACACACACACACAUAUACAAACGUAUACGCAUACACACGUACACAGAAAGACAUAUAUUUAUAUAUAUAUAUAUAUAUGUAUAUAUUUAUUGCAACGACGCGGCUGGCUUCGCAGAGCAGAGCAGCAGCAACGACAACAGGAACGUAGCGCGAAAGGUAUCACGCGAGUAUUGCGCAGUGGUACAUAGACACGCCAUCGAGCGAAUAGAUCCGCGAAUAUGUCACGCGAAUAAACGUUACCCCACGAGCACUGAAACAUAAUUACGUGUAUGCGUGUUACUUGGCUAAGCGCACAUGUCCCCGACACGUGCGUGCACCGCGUUCACGCAUUAGGCACAGCAAUAAAUACGCUCGAACAGGAAGGAAUAAUAAAAGAUAAGCUCGCAUCGUCGGCUGAUAUCGCCCGUACAUCUCCACGUGUAGUUGACGUAGAGCUGCGCGCGCAACAAACAGAAAGAGAUAGAGAUAGAUAUAGAAAGAGAUAUAUAUGUGUGUGUGUGUGUGUGUAUGUGUAUAUAUAUAUAUACAUAUAUGUGCAUAGAUAGUAUUAACUCUCUUUCUCUUUCUCUCUCUCUCUCUCUCUCUCUCUCUUUUGCAUUUAGAAGCAGUCGGAUAAACCGUAGAGCGCCGUUGCGAUUAUCGAUGUUUCGCGUUUGUUGUGGAUAGGCGAAAAGAGGAAAUGUGUGUCGAUUCGAGACUAGCGAGAAACGGAGUACUGUUUAUUGGCCGAUCGUUCCUUUCGUUUAAGAAAGGGAGAAAAAAGAAAAGCGUAGACUUAGCAGGGUCGCGGGGUGCAGUUCAGACAUGGGAAGUGAGCAUUACUGCCUGAGGUGGAACAAUCAUCAGAGCAACUUGCUGGGUGUGUUCAGUCAACUGCUGGAGUCGGAGUCGCUGGUGGACGUGACACUGGCGUGCACGGAGGGACCAUCGAUACGCGCCCACAAGGUAGUCCUCUCCGCGUGCUCCAGCUACUUCCAGGCCCUGUUCCUCGACCAUCCGAACCGUCACCCCAUCGUCAUCCUAAAGGACGUACGUUUCGCCGAGUUACGUACCCUCGUCGACUUCAUGUAUAAGGGCGAGGUAAACGUCGAGUACUGCCAGCUCUCGGCGCUUCUCAAGACAGCGGAGAGCCUCAAGGUGAAAGGUCUAGCGGACAUGACGAACAUCAACGCUGCCGUAGCUUCGCGAGAGGAUCAACAGACGCAACAGGCCCAACAGCAACAACAGCAACAACAGCAGCAACAGCAACAGCAACAACAGCAACAGCAGCAGCAGCAACAACAACAACAAUCGCAACAACAAAAUCAACAGGCUCAACAGCAACAACCGCAACAACAGCCGCACGAUAGAAGCACGGAGUGUUUGCAACGGGAAUCCUCGCGAGAGCAACACCAUAGGGAACGCGAAAGUAUAAAGGAUAAUAGCAGUAGCGUUGGCAAGUCGAACGACAGGGAGAGAACCGAGGGAAACGUUUCAGGCGUCGCGACGGCGGCCUCGGCCGGCGCGACGACGUCCAGUCAAGGCACGAAAGAUUCUGCCGAUCAACAACAGCAUCAGCAGCAGCAACAACAGCAACAACAGCAACAACAACAACAACAGCAGCAGCAGCAACAGCAGCAGCAACAACCGCAACAGCAGCAACAGCAACAGCUGCAACCGCAAACGCAACAGCAGCAACAGCAGCAGCAACAACAGCAACAACAAUCGAGCCAUCCGCAGCAAGGUACGACGAGCGAUUCGGGCGAGGCCGUCGACAUGACGGAUUGUCCGGGCUCCCCAACGGGCCCAGGUAGUCCCUGUCCCGGUCCAUUGGCUCUCGAUCGACCGAGAAGGGAUUCCGAGGAUGCUGCCAGCCUCGAAGAAACUAGAGGAUCUCUCAGUCCGAUUUCGGUACACAGUGGUCCCUCCGACAUGAGCCUGAGCAAUAACACCGCCGGUACACCUGGUGUCUUACCUUUGAACUUACCGCAGAGUCGACUUCCGUCCCCGCACAGUACCGAACCACUCGCAGGGCCAUCAGGCCUACCUCCUGUUCAACAAGUUCCCCUUUCGUUGAAAAAGGAAAUGGACUGGGAAAGAUCGACCGAGGAACGGAGCGUCACCAGUGAAAUAUCCACGGACUACAGACUCCCGCCAGAUCCGGUAUCUUUGGCGUUGGGCCUCGAAGCGGGUGGUUGGGGUGCACUCGUCGAAAGAUCGAGCGGACAUCAUCAUCAUCAUCACGGUGGAGGAAGCGGAACGGGAGGUGGUGGUUCCUCGUUGAUCGGUCACGGAAGUUUCGCAAGUUUGGCGGGUUUGGCACGACGUUGCGGAGUCUGUUUGGCUACCUUCCCGUCGGCCUGGUUGCUCGAACGUCACGCUUUGCUGCAACACGCCGGUCAAUCGAACGACGACAAGCCGUUUACGUGCGAGCAGUGCGGUCAACGUUAUCGUUACCGUUCAGCUUACGUUAAACACCGUGAGCAGAAUCAUCGAGCACGUUUGCCGGCGGACAAGCUCUUCACUUGCGACGUAUGCGGUAUGCAAUUCAGGUAUCUUAAAUCGUUCAAGAAGCAUAGACUGAAUCACGCGUUGGAAAGAUUGCAACGUGCACCGAGCGAGACCCACAACGUUUCGGUUUUGACGUCGCCGGUUGCUGAGAGAAGCGAUCAGGUAUCGAGUACAGGCGAGCCAAGUCAAAUCGAGACUGGUAGCGACUCGACGACCAAUCCGGGAGACGUCGAAGAGUCCAGGGGUAUAUUUUCGGAAAAUGCGAGAGGGGAGGAGAGCGUGUCGGAGACGGCAAGUAUCCAAGAUAAUCCAGGUGAGGCGAUCGAGGCGAUACAAAUGACGGAUACGUUGGUAAACGAGACGACUACGACGACGACUACUGCUACGUCCGGUAUGAUGAUGAUGACGACGACGACGACGACGACGACCACGACGACCGCCGCGACGAUUACGAGAACUAUGACGUCUACUACUGCGGCGUUGAUGACGUCAGGUUGCAGAAGCAACCUAGCCGGUUUGAUAUCCCCGUCCGUGGUCGGAAGUGACAUCGGCUUGCACAACAUUGGCACAGGUAACACCACGACGAUGGACGUAGUCGCAGACCCUGACGAAUCGGUCCUAGACGAUGGCGAACGUGGCGAGGCACAGGAUGCUACUAUGAUCACUUUGGCACGAACAGGACACGAGGCCGAUCGCCGCGAACGACGUUUCGCCUGUCCGUUCUGCGGCAAGUGCGUAAGAUCGAAAGAAAAUUUAAAAUUACACGUACGCAAACACACCGGAGAACGUCCAUUCGUUUGUCUAUUUUGCGGACGUGCCUUUGGCGGUAAAAGCGAUCUAACGAGGCACUUACGAAUACACACUGGCGAACGGCCAUAUCAUUGCGAAAUGUGCGGAAAAUGUUUCGCCCGUGCCGACUAUCUUUCCAAACAUUUAACCACUCAUAUACAUCAGCGUUAAAAUCAUCCCUCGAUCUUCUUCGAUCGAAUCGAUCCCUCCUAAGUUCCUAGAGGGAUUUUUUCUUGAUCCUUACAACCCUAUCCCCACCACCCGCUCCUCUCCCUUUUUACGCACGCGAGCGUGUCUUCUGUAUACACAUAUAUAUAUAUAUAUACUCGUUCGAGAGAAAAGAAGAAGAAGAAGGAAACGAAAUUGGAUAGACGUUCUUUUAAUCGAGCGACAAACGAGAAAAGCAAAUAAAAAGAAUAUAUCGUUUAACCGAUAAAAAGAGAGACGCGUCAAUUAAAUGAGAUGGGAGACACGCUAAAAAAAAGAAAAAAAGAAGAAUGCAAAGAAGGAAGGCAGCAAGCAAGGAAGGGUAGGGGAAGGGAAAGGGGAGAUUGAUUUUUACAAUAAGCUAAGUGAGACUAUUUCUUGUGAUAAGGAUUCGAUACCAAAGAAUAAUAAUGAAUGCAACGACCCAAACGAGCGAUAGUCGCGAUACGUUCUCAAUCCUCUUUUAAUGUUAUUUUUCUUUUUCCUUUUCUUUUUCUUUUUCUUUUACUUUUUAUUCUUUCUUGUUGUUGUUGUUAUUGUUGUUGUUGUUGUUGUUGUUGCUAUUGUUUUCUCUUUUUUUAUUUUUUGUCUUCUUCGUUUUGAAAAUCUAUCAUGAAAGCGUGAUAUAUAUAUAUAUGUAUAUAUUUAUAACAUUUAUAUUAUAACAAUUAAUCUCGUCUAUCAUAUAUAUAUAUAUAUAUAUAUAUAUAUAUAUAUAUAUAUAUAUAUAUAUAUGUAUAUAUUUAGGCGAGAUCUAUGAAACCUCGAACAAAUCGCUCGAUCGCUUUGCCUCUGAUUAAUUUUUUUUUUGUCAUCUCUUCGCACUCGUUAACCUCUUCAAGGAUAUUUACAUGUGCAUACGUGUAAUUCACGUUCAUUCUGAUUUAAUAUGUGAAUUAUUUUCAUUGUUGAAAAAAAGAAAGAAAAAGGAAAGAAGAAAUUAAAGUAUCCUCAAUAUCGCUGGUAAUGUUUUAUCGACGAAAAAAAUAAUUAAUAAGAUAAAUGAUUUUUCGUUGUCACCUCGAGAAAAUGGCGUCCAUGAAGAGGUUAAUGACUCUAAUCUUUAUUAUUUCUUUUCCUUCAUUAUUUUUUUAAUUUUCUUUUUCUUUCCUGAUAUAUCGUACAAAAGAUGGAAAAAGGUGCCAAAAAAGAAAGAAAAGAAAAAAUCCCCGCCCCUGAAACAAACAAAAAGAAACAAACAAACAAACAAACAAACAAAACAAAACAAAACAAAAGAAAAACUUUCCUCUGAUCGAGGAAAGUGCCUCGUCAUCUUACGUCGCUCGUUUCUUUUUUUUUUUUUGUUCUUAUUUUUUACUCACUCGACGAUCAUUAGAAAAAAGAAGGAAAGAAGAAAGAAAAGAAGAGGAAAAAGAAGAAGAGGAGGAGGUGGAAAAAGAAGAAGAAGGAGAAAAAGAAAAAGAGAAAAAAGAACAACAACAAUAACAACAACGAACAGACUCGUCUGACAUCGACUUGUAAUAAAUAUCACGACGUGUAUUAGUAGUUGACGUAUUUACGAACGGGAAAACGAAACUUGAUAAUAUCUUCUUCCGAGGAAGCGCGUUGCCGGUGCCUUCGAGAAUAUCCCUUUUACCUAACCCAUCCUCCCUUUACAAAAACUCCUUACUCUGCGAAUCCUUUAAAUGCGUAUAGCAAUAAAGAAGAAGAAGGAGAAGAAGAAGAGGAUAAAAGAAAAAAAAAAGGAAGAAGAAGAAGAAGAAGGAGAGAAGGAAGAAGAUAACAAAAAAAUAAAAAGAAGAUGAAGAAAACAAUGAAAAAAGAAUUUAGAUUGAUCGUUCGUAUUCAACUACUCGAUUCUUCCAACGAUCUACUAUAAUUUUAAUAGAUCCUUCAAACUUGGUUUUUUCUCCAUUUUUGUUCGUACACACAUUAUGCGUUAUUAUUCGAACGAGGAUGAAGAGAAUAGAAAUAAAAGAAGUAGAAGAAGAAGAAGAAGAAGAAGAAGAAGAAGAUUAAGACGAAGAUGAUAAUGAAAAAUGCAGAUGAAAAACAGAUAUACACAUAAAUAUACACACAUAUACAGAGACACAGACGCGCGUUAUCGCGUACGAUACACCAAUGAAGAGAGUGCCGGCUCAUUCUCAAGGGUACCGGUCCGUUUUCGUAAGGAUAACUUAUCUCGUAUUAAUUACACGCAAUGAUAAAGUAAACAAAGGAACGAACGAACGAACAAACAAAUAAACAAACAAUUAAAUAAACAAAUAAACAAGCAAGCGAGCGAACAAAUAAAUAAAAGUAAACGAGAGAAGAAAGAAAAAUAAAUAAAAAAAAAACAAAAACAAAGAAAAAGAAAAAAGUAAAGCAAACGAAAUCGUAUUGCUCUCUCUCUCUCUCUUUCUUUCUCUCUCUUUCUCUCUCUUUUUUGCGACAACGAUCUCUCCUUGAAACGAUGGCAAUAAUAAUAAUAAUAAUGAUGAUGAUGAUGAUGAUGAUGAUGAUGAUGAUGACGAUCAACGACGACGAUGAUGAUAACGCCGACGAUGAUGAUGAUGAUGAUGAUCGAUGACGAUCGAUGAUAACGACGAUGAUGAUGAUGAUGAUUAUGACGAUGAUGAUAAUAAGGAUUAUGAACGAAUAUUAUCUCUCGCUAAUUGAUAUUUUCGAGAGUCCUUACGAAAACGGGCCUCCCGACAAAGACAGUUACUCCCAUAGAUUCUAGUUAAAUAUUUAAUAUUAAUUAUUGUAAUAAUAAUAAUAAGUAAUAAUAAUAAUAAUAUUAAUAUUAAUAUUAAUAAUGAUAAUGAUAAUGAUAAUGAUAACCAUAAUGAUAAUGGUAAUGAUAAUGAUAAAAACAACAAAAUUAACAACAACAACAAUAUUUAAUAAACGACGAUGACGAUGACGAUGACGAUGACGAUGACGAUGAUGAUGUUAAUAAUGUACUCGCUAACUCGGUGUCUCCGCGCAUUUCCAAAACGAAGUCGAAUAACGAAGGUGCUAUCUAAAUAAGUAAAAACGAUCGCUAAAUACCGAGCUGUAAUCAUCUUUAGAAUCACGUUAAUCAGAGAGAGAGAGAGAGAGAGAGAGAGAGAGAGAGAGAGAGAGAGAGAGGGAGAAAAUUUGUCGUCUGUGCCAAAAGAAGGAGAAGAAGAAAAAAAAAAGUAAAAAAGAAAAUAGAAAAAGAAGAAUAUAAAGAAAGAGAUAAGAAUGCUUCGAAAUAAUACGAUUAUUAAUUGGAAUAUUCGACGAACGAAGCGAAUAAGGAGAGAGAAAAGGAAACUAAGUAGAAGAAGA